AUGACAAAUAAUUCCCCAACUCUGGAUUCUAUCAUUCUAUGUCUGUCAGAGUGGCAUGCUGGAGUAAUGAGUAGUAUGAAAGCCGCCAUGGCAGAAAUAGAGUCGGAUUCUGACUCUGGAUUCUCCUCAACUUCACCUACAUCAGAUCGUUCUCUAUCACCAACUGAUGUGGACCCUGUUUCAAAUAAAAUCAUAGAGAAACAUUCUGAAAGACGAAAAAUUGAUGAAAAUACUGAUGCCAUCUGUAAAGAUAAGAAGGCAACAUUCAAUGUUCAAAUUUUAACAGAAUCGGCGGAAAAAUCAAAUUUAGUGACUGUUGAAGACUCAAAAAAUUCCUCCAGGCAAAGUUUGAAUAAAACAGAUCAAAAGCUCCAGCUCAACUGUGCACUAUGUGAACCGAACAACACAAAAAUUAUGUAUUGUCCAACGAAUGGUUCUUACGAUAGUGGAAAAGAUGAGUCUCUAGAUGAAAUGGAAAAAGAUCGUGUUACAAGAAUUAGAGAAAUGUGGAGACAAAUGGAUCCUAUCGUUUGGAAAUAUUUACAAAAGCUUACUAUCGAUCAUUGCAUAUCUAAAGAUGAAGCUGUUCAAAAAACCGAAGACGUCCUCGUGAUUCCCUCUAAUGUAUUCGUCGAAUUGCUUCAGUACGCCAAGAUAUGGAACGAACAUCGCUGUCAAGGAAUGACACCGCCUGUUCCGAAAUGCCAAUAUAUGCAGGAAAUCCCAGAUAGUGUCGUAAAAUUUUUCGUGGAGAUCCUGCGUUUGCGGUACGGACAGCACGGAGAAUUGCCCAACUUUGAUAACAAGAAUACACCGAUUAUUUUGCCCUAA